AUGGCAGUCCUCUCCGAGUACAACUAUGUCUUCGCCAUCGGCACCUUGUUUGCCUUGCUUGACGCCUACAACAACGGUGCCAACGAUGUCGCAAACAGCUGGGCUACCAGUGUCUCGUCACGAUCCGUCACAUAUCAACAGGCCAUGGUUCUCGGUGCCGUCUUCGAAAUGCUCGGAGCUAUCACCGUCGGUGCCCGAACCGCCUCCACGAUCAAGAACAAGAUCAUUCCCCUCGACGCCUUCCAAGAUAACGCCGGUGUGCAGAUGCUUGCGUUCACAUGUGCCCUUGCAGGUGCCUCAAUGUGGGUGAUGUGGUGCACUCGUCAUUCGGCUCACGUUUCCUCGUCCUAUUCACUGAUCUCUGCUGUCGCUGGCGUCGGUGUCGCGACCGCUGGAGCUGCUCAAGUUGAAUGGGGCUGGAACGACGGCCAGGGCUUGGGUGCCAUCUUCGCUGGUCUGGGAUUGGCCCCUCUCAUCUCUGGUGGCUUUGCGGCGACCAUCUUCAUGCUCAUCAAACUCAUUGUGCAUCUCCGCAAGAACCCAAUGCCAUGGGCGGUCUACACCUCGCCUUUCUUCUUCCUCGUCGCCGGAACCAUCUGCACGCUGUCCGUUGUCUACAAGGGUUCACCAAACCUCGGCUUGAACAAGAAACCCGCGUGGUACAUCGCCUCUGUCACACUCGGCGUUGGCGGCGGUCUAUUUGUGCUGUCCGCCAUCUUCUUCGUCCCCUGGUUGUACGCUAAAACCAUCAACAAAGAUCAUACCAUCCGAUUCUGGCACCUGCCCCUGGGCCCCAUGCUCUGGAAGCGACCCCCUCCUGCCGAGGUCCAUGAGCAUGCCAACGUCCCGGACUAUGCUGUGAUUCAAAAGGAUGACGACGAGUCUACCCACUCCAGCGAACUAGGUGUCAAGGUCGACGGCAAUGGAGUCAAGGUCCCGAUUCAGGCUGCACAGGAGAAAUCAUCGCAGGACCGAAGCCUCGCGGAGGCUGAGGCUGCCACCCCUCAGAUGACCUACAAGGAACGUGUGGCCGAAGCCCAAGAACGGUUCCAUGCCAAACUUCGCAAGAAGCGGGGUCCUCUUGGCUGGGCCAUGCGCACGCUGCACAACACCCCCCUUGCUCCCGGCGAAAUCUACGAGCUGAAGAACAUCAAGAUCAUCCUCAAGCGCAUUCCCGCCAUGAUCACAGUCGCUGCUCUCUACGGUGUUAACUACGACAUCCACGCCGCACAGACUGGUAUUCACGGCACGCCUGAAGGCCGCCGUAUGGAGCGAGUGUACUCUCACGCCACCAAGUAUCCCAACGAGGUGGAGCAUACCUACUCGUACAUCCAGGUCAUCACUGCGUGCACUGCCUCAUUCGCCCACGGCGCCAACGAUAUCGGCAACGCUGUCGGACCCUGGGCUGUCAUCUACUCGGCCUGGAAAACCGGCGAUGCCGCGCAGUCUAGCGCUGAGGUGCCCGUCUGGCAACUUGCCGUGCUCUCUGCGACACUCUCGUUCGGUCUGAUCACCUAUGGCUACAACAUCAUGAAAGUCAUGGGCAACAAGAUCACCUACCAUUCACCGUCUCGCGGUUCUUCCAUGGAGAUGGGCGCCGCCAUCACUGUCCUCCUCUUCUCGCAAUACAAGCUCCCCGUGUCGACUUCCAUGUGCAUCACGGGCGCGACGGUCGGCGUCGGUCUCUGCAACGGCACGUGGCGGGCAGUCAACUGGCAACGAGUCGGUCUCUUGGGCUUCUCCUGGCUCAUGACCAUCCCCAUUGCUGGCACUCUUGCAGGCUGUAUCAUGGGCGUUGUCCUCAACGCUCCCCACUUCCUGUCAUAG